AUGAACGAUCAUAAUCGAAAACCAUACUGGCUCGGACGUCGCCCUGGUGAACAAGGUUCGCGUCCUCUGUCGAGUAACCAGGACAGAAUCGAAAAAUCGGAUACUGGAAAGACAGGAACACCAGCAGCAGUAACGUCAAAAGUCAAAAUUGGUAAACAACGAUGGAAGAUAAUGAAAGAUACACUUACAGUGGGUACCUGGAAUAUUCAAACGUUAUGGGCAACAGGAAAACUAGAACUACUAAGAAAUGAAAUGAAGCGUUUCAGAUUCGAUGUAAUCGGCAUUUCUGAAGUACGUUGGACAGGAAAACGAGAAACAUCAUGUGGUGACUUCAUCUGGCCAGGAGAAGAGACUACACACAACAGAGGUGUAGGAAUGCUAAUAAGUGCAACGGCAAAACAGACACUAAUAGGAUACAAUCCGAUUAGUUCACGAGUAAUCACGGCUAGAUUCAAUACAAUACCAUUCAAGCUCACAGUAAUACACGUGUAUACGCCAACAUUAGCAUCAUCAGACGAUGAAAUCGAAAUAUUCUACGAUAGCAUUGAACAUGCACUAACACAAACGCCUAAAAACGAUAUAGUAAUCGUAACUGGUGAUUGA